GGUUUCUGGCAGCUUUGUCAAUUUAUACCUGUAGGCAGUAUGAUAGUUCUCACAUGCAGCAUGUGUUAUCUUCAAGCAUGGGUUUCCUGACCCACUAAAAUAGUUUGAUGGCAGUGUUUUGGCAGCAUAUCGUCUAGUGAUACUGUAUAUAUUUGUAAAAGAAAUUCCCCAGCCAACAGAAAACAUUUUUAAAGUUGCUUGCUUACUGUUCUGUCCUCUGCGUGGCUGGUAUGUCAAGUAACAUGUCUGUGUGUUUCCACAGGAGUGAUCGGUGUCAGAAAUCCUCUGGGUGUGUGUGUGUGUGUGCGUACACUGUGGGGUAGCAACAGUAGGAUGAGCUGCCCCAGAGCCAUCACAGCCUGCGGGGACUGACACAUACCCCUACAAAUACAGCAGUCAAUGCAGUCUUCCAGAGGCUCUCCCUCCCUGUGGCUGAGAAACCAGCAGCAGCAGCAGCAACAUGUCCCGCGUCUCCUCCACCGCCAAGCGAUACGCUGGCCCCUCCUACACUAGCCACUACAGCUCCUACAGCUCCUCCCUGACCCCGGGCCUUAGCUCCUACAGUGAUCGGGACAGGCUGUCCACUUACAAGUCCCCCACCUCCUCUUCUUCCACCUCUUCCUCAGGUUACUCCUCCUCCAGCUAUCUGAGCAGUUCUGCCGCCUUCAGCCGCAACUACAGCACCUCUUCAGAUCCCAACCGAGACCGGGGUCGAACCAUCCCACGCACUGACAUCCUUGGAAGCAGCAUCAGCAGCCGCCGGAGUGAGAGCCUCAGCAGAACCCCUGUCAAGAGCUAUGGAGGAUCAGGGCUCAGUGGGGGAUCGGCCUACACCGGCUACAGUUCCUACUCCUCUUCCUCGGCCCAGUCCAGCUACCUCUCGUCUUCACCGGUGGCCUCCAGCAUCUCGCUCAACCGACGGAAAUCUGUAUCCCAGAGUGACUUGAGCAGGGAUCUGGCCUCUCUGGGCCUCAAUGAUGCCUCCACCUCUUCCUCAUCUCCGUCUUCUUCCACCAGUACCCUGCGGAGCUACCGCAGUCGGGCCAGCGAUGUGGCCAACUCGUAUGGCACGAGCUCCCGCAUGGGCUACUCAGGCCUGUCGCGGAGCUCUACUCAGGAGGCCCUCUCACGGAGCUCCACACAGGAGGCCUUCAGCAGCAGCAGCAGCAGCAGCAGAGUGUUAGGCUCUUCGACAUGGGAGCCAAGCAGUAACGGGCUGUCCGACUCCCCUAUCAGGGACUCCACGAAUUCAAAGAGUGCCCAAGGACUGGUGGGACUAAAGAACCUGGGAAACACUUGUUUCAUGAACAGUAUCCUGCAGUGUCUCAGCAACACACACAGCCUGCGAGACUACUGCCUGCACAACUCGCACCGCAGAGACCUUAACAACAACAGCCGCACCAACACAGCCCUCAUGGAAGAAUUUGCCAAGCUGAUACAGACCGUGUGGACGUCGUCCAGCAGUGAGGCGGUCAGCCCAUCUGAAUUCAAAACUCAGAUCCAGAGAUACGCUCCCAGAUUUGUGGGAUACAACCAACAGGAUGCUCAGGAGUUUCUGCGUUUCCUCCUGGACGGCCUGCACAAUGAGGUCAACAGGGUCACUGUCAGGCCAAGAGGCACUGUAGAGGACUUCGACCACCUGCCGGAUGAGGAAAAAGGGAAGAAGAUGUGGACUAAAUAUCUAGAGAGAGAAGACAGUAAGAUAGUCGACCUGUUUGUAGGGCAGCUGAAGAGCUCUCUCACCUGCAGCCACUGUGGUUUCUGCUCCACUGUCUUUGACCCCUUCUGGGAUCUCUCUCUACCCAUUGCCAAGAAGGGCUACGGUGAGGUGAGUCUAAUGGACUGUAUGCGGCUCUUCACCAAAGAAGAUGUCCUUGAUGGGGACGAGAAGCCGACAUGUUACAGGUGUAAAGCCAGGAGGAGAUGCACCAAGAAGUUCACAAUACAGAAGUUCCCCAAGAUUUUAGUGCUGCACCUGAAACGCUUCUCUGAGGCACGCAGAACCAGCAAACUGUCCACCUUUGUUAACUUCCCCAUGAAGGAUCUGGACCUGCGGGAGUUUGCCUCUGAAAACAGCAUAAAUGCAGUGUACAACCUGUACGCAGUGUCCAACCACUCAGGCACCACAAUGGGCGGUCACUACACAGCCUACUGUCGCAAUCCCAACUCGGGAGAAUGGUAUACGUUCAAUGACUCCAGAGUAACGCCAAUGUCCUCCAGCCAAGUGCGCAGCAGCGACGCCUACGUCUUGUUCUACGAGCUGGCAUCCUCCUCGCGGAUGUGAAGCGCCUUGGAGGACGGCGGGCCACAGCUCCACUCUGACUUAAGAGUGUUGGUGGCCUGUUUCAGACUUGUAUUUGGACAUAUAUCACACACACACACACACACACACACAUGAAGGCACACACUCCCACCAGUCUGGAGGCUGCUUCUCUCCACAGAGAGAGCUGGAGAGGGGGACACUCUGGAAACUACAGGAACCUGAUCAACCAGCCCGCUUUCUCUCUCUCUCUGUCUUUACUCUCGUGUCUUGCUCAUUCUGGGUGCAGGUGUGUGUUUACUGCGUGUGUUUGUGUGUGUGUGUGUGUGUGUGUGUUUGUGUGAGGCUGACACAGGGCAAUAAUCCCAUCUGACCGACCAACCGGUGAAUCUGUCCCUCUCUAUGCACUGCAAACCUCAUCCUGACCGCGCCUUCGCUUCUUUUUCUUGAUCUUGUUUGCCUCGAACCAUUAAAACUCACUUG